CCUCUCCGUAGUCCCAAGCCAUGUGCCAUCCAACGUAUUUCCGUACGAAUACAUGCUGCCUCUGUCACUCUUUGCUGACAACCGGCUUUCCUCGCUCCCAACGAGGGGGUCAACCAGGAGGAAUCGCACCUCAUACGGACAACACCAUCGUCCAAGAUUCACGUUGCAACUCUUCGUCAACCGCACCACAACUCUUAGCCUGGCGCUUGUAUGGCCAAUCGCAUACUUGCCGUUCGGCCCUAUGGCUUAUGUGGCUCGUAGCUCACUCUCAGUGGUGAUGUGCCUCAGCAUCCCAGUCUGGGAUGGCACCUAGCCCUACCAUGUUCAAGCCGAGCUUUGGCACGCAGCGGUUCACGUCCGCAGCAAGCCUCUUUAGGCCCGGAGUUCUGCAUGCACUGCGUCCAACGUCUUGUUCUGCAGCAUAGAUGCGAUCCUACGUCGCCGCCUUGUUGGC